UCGACGGCUCUGGCGCAGACGUCAUCAAUCACACCCUUUACGCUGCUUGAGCUGCCCUGACCAUCCGGCAGGUUCAGUUCUGUUUGCUUACCGAACUCUGCUGAAAGAAGGUUUAUUUCCAAGAUGGUUUGUGGCGGGUUCACCUGUUCCAAGAAUGCACUCUGUUCCCUGAAUGUUGUUUACAUGCUGGUCGGGCUGCUGCUGAUUGGAGUGGCAGCGUGGGGGAAGGGCUUUGGCUUGGUGUCGAGCAUCCACAUCAUCGGAGGGGUCAUCGCGGUGGGUGUCUUCCUGCUGCUCAUUGCUAUCGUAGGACUGAUCGGAGCAAUACACCACCACCAAGUUAUGCUUUUCUUUUACAUGGUCAUUCUGUUUAUUGUAUUCCUCUUCCAAUUUGGAGUUUCAUGUUCCUGCUUGGCCAUGAACCGAGGACAGCAGGAGGGGCUCCUGCAGUCUGCCUGGGGGAUGUUGAACAAUAAAACCAAGAUAGACCUGGAGGACCAGCUGGACUGCUGUGGGCUGCUCAACAUUACCGGCAGCACAGAGCAGUUUGAUGUGGAUUUUCAAAACUGUCAUGCUCCUUGUAGAAACGGACGUAACUGUUCGUCCUGUGGAGAGAUGAUGUUGAAUCAUGCAACAGAGGCACUGAAGAUCCUCGGGGGUGUUGGACUCUUCUUCAGCUUCUCAGAGAUCCUGGGAGUGUGGCUCGCUGUGCGCUACCGGAACCAGAAGGACCCACGAGCAAACCCAAGUGCUUUCCUAUAGUCUGUCUUUUGGUGCAGGGCCGUAGAUACAGUUUGACACACUGGUACAAAGAAUAGUACACACCUAGCGGUGGACACUCAGAGCCACAGCAGCCACAACAACAUAGAAUGGACAAGCACACACCGAGAUACAACAAGCUUAACCAGAGACUGAGAAACUUCCAGAACCUGUUGGAACAUGUCUGCUACACCUGGAUACUUGUGUAUGAAAGGAUGACUCGCUAUGCCUUGAUUUGAGUUCCAGAUUUCUCAGUUGCAGCCGGCUAGCCCAACAGGUGAUGGACAUGCCUGCAUGAAUCCUGCACUUGCACACACCAACAGCCCUUCAUCCAUCUCACACCAACUAAUAACUUGUUUGCAUCUUGAAUCUAGCGUAGUGUCCCCUCUGAACUAAGAUAUACUCGUCUGCUGUCAGUGAUCUGUGAACUGUUCGCUGUGAAGAGGAAGCUGUAAGCUAGUUUUUCCACAUUUAUCUAAAUGUUUUCUCCACAUAUCACGUAGUUGGGAUUAGGAGCUCAGUUUAGGGCUGAUACGUGUUCAGAUUUCUGUGAACUGUAACUGAGCCAACUAAAGUCCUGUUCGAUGCCACAGACUGCAGCCUCCAUGUUGUACAUAAUGUUUAGCUCAUUCUCAGUGGGUUUGCCAAAUAGUUUCCUAUCUAGCUUUCAGGUUUUUCUUCCAGAGCAAUCCUUCCUGUGUUCCCCAUCAUCCUCUGUGUUGCCCUGUGGUGUGGCUUUAGUAUAGAUUCUGAUGGUAGAAAACUGGAUCCAGGUACAUGUAACUGGAACAAAUCAUUAAAAAGUCCAACAGUAUGUGUAGUUUGUUUGGAAAAAUCAAGUAAGUUUGCCCUAAACCGCUUUAUUUAGUUUCUUUCUGAUGUAAAUUGUGAGACUGUGCUUUUUGGAAAAGUGAAAUUGUUUUUGUUUGGUUCAUCAGUGUUAAUGGUUUGUUGUAAAAUAUGCUUGUGAAAUAUUUUUAGGAUCUAUUUAAGUUUGUUGCACAUUAAGCAAUUGUUUUAAUGAUAUGAUUUUACUCUAUUUGUCAUUUGAAGUUGAUAAAUAAUUGCACACGUUUUGUUUUACAUGUGUUCUCUUAUGAAUUUGUUUGAACUUGAAGGACUAACAAGUCUUACUUCAGCAUGUCGUCUUUUCUUAUGAUUUCUCGCUGCUGGUUUGGAGUUGGCGGUGUAAAUAAAACAUUUGGACAGAUUUUAUGCCGUAUUUCACACCUCACUUUGAAUUUGUGUUACUUAUCAAAAUGUCUCGAAUUUCUGAAACAUAAUUUUCCAAAUAAUAAAAGUUUUAAAAUCGUGA